UGACAUUUACAUUGUGUCCCGCCUACAAGGCGUGGAAUCGUGUCUCCUUUCCACAAGUAUUUCACUGGGGAGAGAGAGGGACACAGAGAGGCACCAUCGAUGGCCCAGACACGAACUGAGUAGCACCGAGUAUUGACAUUAGCAGACAAGAAACGUCCGGUUAAAAAACCCACACUGAGUGAAGCCAUCAUCUGACUCCGACAGAGAGAGACACACAGAGAGAGACUGGCUGCAUCCUGACUGCAAUGGAGGAGCGGACGGGGACAAGCCGGAAUGGAUGACUGAACAACAUUAGCCGCCUUGUGAGGAGCACCGCUGGUUCUCACUGUAAUAGCGAGGGAGCUGACACGGAGGUUUAUACAGCAGAGCUGUGAGAGUGACUGACCGUUUCUGCAUUUAUCCAUUAGGGUGCUAACAAUAAGACAGCCAUGCCGCCCCCAGCUGACAUUGUAAAGGUGGCUAUUGAAUGGCCCGGUGCCAACGCUCAGCUCAUAGAGAUGGACCAGAAAAGACCUUUGUCUUCAAUAAUUCGGGAAGUAUGUGAUGGCUGGUCUUUGUCAGGCUCAGAGCAGUUUGCUCUGCGCUAUGCUGAUGGUCCUCAGCUUUAUAUCACUGAGCAGAGCCGUGGUGACAUCAAGAAUGGGACCAUUCUUCGAUUAGCAAUUUCUCCUGGUCGUGCUGCUCGUCAGCUGCUGGAGAGGAUCCAGUCUCAUGGCAUCGACGCUCGCCUCGAGGCCCUCAAAGAGCUCGCCAAGCUGUCUGCAGACCCAACCUUUGCCACGGAGUUUAUCAACAUGGAGGGAAUUGGGACGCUGGCUCGUCUAGUCGAGAGCGGCACCCACUUUGGUGAAAUGCUAGCCUUUACUCUCACUGCCUUCCUGGAGCUGAUGGAUCACGGCAUUGUGUCUUGGGACCUUAUCUCCCUCUCCUUCAUCAAACAGAUCGCAGGCUACGUGAACCAGCCGAUGGUGGACGUGUCCAUCCUGCAGCGCUCCCUGGCCAUCCUGGAGAGCAUGGUCCUGAACAGCCACAGCCUCUACCACCGAGUGGCCCAGGAGAUCACCGUGGGACAGCUCAUCGGGCACCUGCAAGUGUCAAACCAGGAGAUUCAGACGUACGCCAUCGCCCUCAUCAACGCUCUUUUCCUGAAGGCACCAGAGGACAGACGGCAGGAGGAGUAUACUAACCCGCUGGAGCAGCACCUCACUGAAAUGGCAAGCACUUUGGCUCAGAAACACCUGCGGUCCAUCAUCCUCAAUCACGUUAUCAGAGGAAAUCGACCAAUCAAAGCAGAAAUGGCACAUCAGCUGUAUGUUCUGCAGGUGCUGACCUUUAACCUUCUGGAAGAACGAAUGAUGACCAAAAUGGAUCCGAAUGAUCAGGCUCAGAGAGACAUCAUUUUUGAGCUACGUAGAAUUGCCUUUGAUGGGGAAAAUGACCCCACUGGUACAGAGAAGAGAAAGGCCAUGUACACUAAGGACUACAAGAUGCUGGGCUUCACUAACCAUGUGAACCCAGCCAUGGACUUCACCCAGACUCCUCCAGGGAUGCUGGCUCUGGACAACAUGCUGUAUCUGGCCAAGGUUCACCAGGACACGUACAUCAGGAUUGUCCUGGAAAACAGCAGCAGAGAGGAUAAGCACGAGUGUCCCUUUGGCCGCUGCGCCAUUGAACUUACUCGAAUGCUGUGUGAGAUACUCCAGGUUGGAGAACUGCCUAAUGAAGGCUGCAAUGAUUAUCACCCCAUGUUCUUCACUCAUGACCGGGCGUGGGAGGAGUUCUUCUGUGUGUGCAUUCAGCUGCUCAAUAAAACCUGGAAGGAGAUGAGAGCCACAGCUGAAGACUUCAACAAGGUGAUGCAGGUGGUUCGUGAGCAAAUCACCAGAGCUCUGGCGAUGAAGCCGUCGUCCAUCGACCAGCUGAAGAAUAAACUGCGAGGCCUCAACUAUUCAGAGAUUCUGCGCCUGCGACAGUCAGAACGAAUGAGCCAGGAUGACUUCCAGUCUCCACCAAUCAUUGAGCUGCGGGAGAGGAUUCAACCCGAGAUCUUGGAGCUCAUCAAGCAACAGCGACUCAACCGGCUGUGUGAGGGAAGCUGCUUCCGUAAACUGGGGAACCGCCGAAGGCAAGAGAAGUUUUGGUUCUGCAGACUCUCUCUGAAUCACAAAGUGCUGCACUACGGGGACUUGGAUGAGUCACCUCAGGGUGAAGUGCCUUUUGAGCUCCUCAGUGACAAGAUCCCCGUCUCAGAUAUCAAGUCUGUGGUGACAGGGAAAGACUGCCCUCAUAUGAAGGAGAAAAGUGCUCUAAAACAAAACAAGGAGGUGCUGGAGUUGGCCUUCUCUGUCCUCUAUGAUCCUGAUGAAACGCUCAAUUUUGUUGCACCCAAUAAAUAUGAGUAUUGCAUCUGGACUGAUGGGCUGUGUGCGCUGCUGGGCAGGGAGAUGGGCAGUGACCUGACACGCAGCGACCUAGAUACUCUCAUCAGCAUGGAGAUGAAGCUCCGCCUCCUCGACCUUGAGAACAUCACGAUUCCUGAAGCGCCACCUCCUGUGCCGAAGGAGCCUAGCUCGUAUAACUUCACCUACAACUACAGCUGAGAUGUGUGUGUGUGCGUGCGCGCGUGUUUGCUAUGCAUGUAUGUGUUUGUCAAGGAUGAGCAUACUCGAUCUUUUGAUGAAUUUUGCUGCAAUUGUGUUCACCGGACAAGACUACUUCGAUUUUUUUUUUUUUUUUAACAUUACAGAACCUUGGAGACUUUGCUCUGUCUGUGUUUGUGAUGCCGUGUGGUUGCCAGAUAGGAGAAAUGUGUUUUAUAGCUGCACAGGCAGGUCAGAGGUCAGGGUUCAGUGCAGAGUGUUUAUCCUGGAGCUGCUAGAGAUGCAGCGGGCGAAUCUUUUUUUUUUCCGAAAAGUCUCCAGGCAGCGUCCCGAUUUGUGUUCCCCGUUCGCAGAUUUAAAGGUGCAAAAGAAUGUGGAUGAAAAGAUCGAAAUCUGUAAGGGAACUUUGACUCAAGUAUAGUUCAGUCAAAUUGAGGCUUAAUUGAUCAGUUGAGGCAUGUGUCUGGUCUCCAUGGCAACUAAAAAUGAAGUAGCCACCAUUUCAGUUGUGAUGCUGCGUUCGCUUCGACACUGCUGCCCCUCCAUGUGUACAGCUGUACGAUGCAGUCUGAUCAGCUCUACACUCUGUUCCCCACUGCAGCCUCAGUGAUGGUAGGAUUUCUCUUUGGAAUUCAGUGAUUAAAAGGACGGAAAAUAUGACAGACUUGUAAUGUAAGUAAGUCAUACAUGGAAAAUAGCAGGUAGUAAGGAAGCACAUUCUUUGCUUCUGUUUGUAAUAUUAUGUUUUUUUCAUGAGUAUCGUAGAUGGGAGAGAAAAGUGUGUUAAUAGUGAUAAACUGUUUGAGCUAUUAAAUGUUAGAAAACUGUGAAAAAUGUCAAUCUCCAUUUUCCAGAGGCCAAAUCAUAAUGUUGAAAAAGCUUGUUUGACAAAAACCAAAAAAAUAAGUAAGUUUCCUACUAUGAAAACCCACAAAACCAGCAAAUAGUAAUAUUUGAGGAGGCAUUUUUAAAAAAAAAAAAAAGUGCCAUAAAAUCUGAUCAACCAAGUGUUUGUCUGUUUUUUUUUCUUUUGCAAAUGUACUGUCAGUCACUAAUCAAUUAAUCUGCUAUUUUUCAGCUCCAAGAAAGUGUUCGUACGUAUAUAUUUGUUAGUUUACUCAACAUUGAUGCUGCUUCUUUGACUCACUUCCCUCCUCAGACCUUCUCCAUAAUUUGUCAUACAGUGUGAACAUACUGUAUAUACCCCACUGGAUUAAUGAAGUUGUUCAAGUGUGUGAGAAUCCUUAAAGGUACCCUCGCCCACUAUCGGUGUCUGUAAGUGUGUGUCUGUGUGUAUGUGCAGAUUUUGUUCAUGUAUACGUUGAGGGAUUUAAGGAAUGAUAUUUCAUGAGCUCGCUGCUCGUUAAGAUCGGGGCUUGAGGCUCCGACAUCCAACACUUAAAAAAGACAUGAGUGAUAGGAGCUUGUUUGAAUCAUAGUCACUGCAUUGCCUUAUCAGUCAUACAUUCGCUACGUGUCAGUAUCAUUUCUAAGCAGCAUAUUAAACACAUGGCAGCACACUAUAUGAGGCAGUUGUAGCUGAUAUGGAUAGAUGGAGGUGUAAUGUUGAUAUGUGAUUUUUUUUUUUAAAGACAACUAUUAUGUUAUACCGUGUUACAAAACAUUUCUUGUUGCUUCUGAUGGUUAAUAGUUGUUAAGAAAUGUAUUAAUAAACUCUACAAAUAUACCAAAAUCAGCUACAACUACAUUAUAUUGAAUCAGCCAUGUAUUGUUUAUAUACUGCUUAUAAGGUAAAUGCUAACUUUGGUUUGAUUUACACUCAAAUGUGUUUGGGAGGCUCAUACUGUAGUGUGGUACAGAGGCUUUGUUCAAAAGAAACUUGGCUUGACAGUGAAUACUGCCCUUGGUCUUUGAAUUAAUUACCAGAUUUGAAGCUUGGUUUCGAACAUUUUGUCACACUGUGCAAACGCAAACAGGACAAAAGAGCAGCUCUGUUGGCGAUAUUUGGUUUACGUGCCAGAAACACACAAUCCUGGAAGCAGGUCAAAAACACAGUGACAUCUAGUGCUGCUCAUGGAUCAUAUAGAGAUGUUACUUCUAGUACUAUUGCUUGAUGUCAUUUCUUAUCUCCACAGUUAUUGGUUCUAAACUUUGUCCUGUUGACUUCUAAACCAGUACUAAUCACUGCUGUCAUUUAUUAAUGCAGAAUAGAAUUAUAUUUUUGUAAAUGAUUGUACAAUUUUAUCAGUUAUGAAGAGAAUGGGUAUUGAACUAACGUAGCAUUUUCACUUCGCAUCACUGUACAGUACGUUCAGCACGCUCAUUUCACUUUUUUUAAAGUGUCCUGCGCAUUUUCAUAUCAUGAGCACCAUUUAGGAACCGCUCACUCCAGCACCUGAAUAUGAUGUCAGCGUUGAUGUAAUAAUGAAAAUUGCCAUUGCUGUUUGUGAAAAGAAAUGCAGUCAGUAUUUGUUUUUUUCUUCUUAUGUUUGGAUUUCAAUGUUAAAGUAGUUUUAACCUGUUAAAAACUUUUAAAAAAUAUUUUUGAGGGUGAACCUGAGAGUUCAGUUCACUGCAACUUAAAAAAAAUUCACACACAAUCUAAAUAAUACAUGACAAAUUCUUUCUUGGUGUGCUUGUGUUUUGCAUAUUUGCAUGUCUUUUCUUAAGCUGCAGUGCUUGGAGUUCUCAGGGUCGCUUUAUUAAUUUGUAUUCCAGUAAGUCACUGAACCAUUAACCUGUUUUCAGAAAUCGGCUGCAGCUAGAACAGAUCAGUAAUCACAAUAAACCACAGAGAGUAAUUCCUGCGUUGGAUGUACUAACAGUAUGACUUGAAGUUUUUGCAUCUGACACUCUUUUACAUGACUUGCUACACUAUUUAUUUACACUUGGUAGUGAUAGGUAAAAUGACAGAAUGACAAAAAACACUAAAUAUAGUAUACAUAUAGAUCAUUGUAUGUAUAUACAGUAUUGUGUUGCCUUAUUGAAGAAAUGUAUUAUGUUUUGUGUGAAUAAAUACAAAGUCUAACUACUGCUUAAA